AUGACUGCCGCUGGAGGAUUUAACUAUUGGAUGUCCCACUCGGAGCGAUAUUUUCGCACAGAUUUCACAACAACCGCCGAAGACCGCGCCAGACUUGUCAGAAAUCCAGAUUCUUGUCUCGGGUGUCUUCAGGGCUAUCCAGCACCGCUCGCGUUGAACGGUCACAGUACAUCAACAGUGGAGCUAGACGCUGUGUCUGAAAGCCAUGUUUCUGGCUCCGAUAGUAGCUUAACGAGCAUGACAACGGCGAGUUCUCAUGUCUCUGUUGACGGGCUUGGGUUCUCGGGUGAACAGUUAUGCAUGGACCCGUAUAACUACAUUAGCUCUCUCCCUGGUAAAGGAACGGUGGCCAAACUGGCUGAUACACUGCAGACCUGGUUCAAGGUACCGGCGGGAUCAACUGAGAUCAUCAAAACCUGCUCGACAAUACUUUUCCAUAGCUCUCUAAUGCUGGAUGACAUUCAGGAUGACUCGUCAAAACGACGCGGAAUGCCAGCGGCCCAUGUCAUGUACGGUGUUGGCCAGACGGUCAAUUGUGUGUCGUAUACUGGCGCGAAGGCAUUUUUCCUCUGUGAGGAGCUGAAGAAUGCGAACGCAUGCAGGAAAGCCUUGUAUGACGAACUGGAUAACCUCUUUUCGGGCCAAGCGCUCGAACUUCACUGGAAAUUCCACAAGACAUGCCCUUCAAUGAAUGACUACAUUAUUAUGAUCGACAACAAGACCGCUGGCUUCUUUCGGCUAGUUCUACGGAUGAUGGCCGCAGAAGCGUCAGUGUCAAUGUCUCUCGAGAAAAAGAACACAUUGCUUCAUUUUAUUACCCUUCUAGGGAGAUACUACCAGAUACGUGAUGAUUAUCAAAACCUGGUAUCUGACGAGUAUGCGGCAAAAAAGGGCUUCUGCGAUGAUCUAUCAGAGGGAAAGUUCUCAUUGAUCUUAAUCCAUACGUUGAAUAAUAGUCCAACUGCAGACAGAAUUCGCGGGUUGAUGUUUGGUGGGGACAGGGCUGGUAUGUCCCAGGAAAUACGCUCGUACAUACUCUCCGAGAUGGAGGCUGCCGGGAGUCUAGAGUACACCAAACGUAUCAUCACGGAGCUUUACGAAACACUUUGGAGAAUGCUGGAUGAACUUGAGGCUACACUUGGGCCAAAUACCUUGCUGAGGGCACUGGUUCAAUUCUUGAAGAUCUGA